GCAGAAUAAAGGAAAAUCACUUAGGCCCAGUUCCCCCUUAAACCCUAUUCGCCGCAAUAAAACCUUCUAGGUCGAAGCAAUAAAACGCCGGAGACAGAGGUAGUUUCCACGACGGUGCAGGUCGCGACACGAAGGGGCUUCUUGCGGCGUGAGAUCGUGCGAUUAUACCGAUCCUAACAGAGUGAGAUUUCAGGGUUACAUAAUGACCAAGAAGAAGAAACAAAAUGGGGUUGUUGUUGGAGAGGGUGAUGGUGUUGGUGGUGUUGUAGAUUUGGAGUCUGUCAUACACAACCACGCUCUUUUUUUCGACAAGUUGAUUGAAUUGAUUCCCGCCAAGUUCUAUCUGCCAACUGAUGACAAGGAGAAGCCAUGGUUUCAGGGUCUAAACAAGGCUGCAAAAGCUAAGGCAAAGAAAGAGACCAAGGAGAAUAUCAAGAAGUCUCGGAGGGACCGUUUAGACCCUGACAAACCUUCUGCAACUACCCUUGACCUUCUCAAGGAAAGCUUUGGAAAAGAGAAGGUGGACCACAGUGACGUAGAGCAGGGUGCGGUGGCGGUUGCUAAGCCUCUUGUUUCUGGGAUGAUGAAAAGAGAUGAUGGGUCUGUGACAUAUGAAGAGCUUCAGCAAAGGCUUCGUCGCAGGCUCGAAGAGUUUCGUGCAGGUCGUAAUACUGGGAAUUCGGAUAGGAAGAGGGAAGAAAGGAAUGCUAGGAGAGGAUAUAAGGACAACAAACGCAAGAGGGAUGGUGAAACUGAGGAAGGCAACCCUGUGCGUGGUGAAUUGGCGGCGGCAGAGGAGAAAGUGAAGAAGGAUGCUGCAGAGGCCUCCAAGGAUCUUGUGUUUGGACAUGUCAAACUUCAGAAUGACGAAGGGAAAAAGAAGAGGAAGGUUUCAAAGCAUCAGGAACUAGAAAGGGCUAAGAAAUUGGAAGAAGUGAAGAAGAAAGAUCCUGAGAAGGCUGAAGCUUUUGCUAAAAAGCAAUCAUGGAAAGCAGCAAUGGAUAGAGCUUCAGGGGUUAAGGUGCAUGAUGAUCCAAAACUGUUGCAUAAAAGCAUUCAUAAAGAGAAGAAGAAACAGCUGAAGAAUGCGGAGAAGUGGAAGGAUAGAGUUCAAACUAGGGACCAGUUGAAGGCAGAGAAGCAGCAGAAAAGGUCCGAGAAUAUAGCUUCGAGGAUUCGUGAGAAGAAAAUGCGGAAAAUUGCCAAAAGGGAGAAAAAACUUAUGCGGCCCGGCUUUGAAGGUCGCAAAGAAGGUUUUAUGAAUGAUGGUGGGUCCAGCUAAAAUGGGUUUUUGAGUUUAUUGAUUUUGGCUUUUCAUUUCAUUGUUAUUAUGCUGCAUUUGAAGAGUUAGUGUUAGAGAAAGACAAUUCAAGGGUUUGAAAGAUGCACCUAUUAAUUUCUCUGUUUCACUAUAUUUCUUAAACUGAAUAUAAACUUUCUCAGGCUCCGUUUCCAAUUUUUGAUUUCAACAAUCUCAAUCUUAAUAUAUAGCUUUUGAUUUCAUGUA